GUUUUGAUAGAUCAACAGGUAAAGACUGUUUUUAUUCGUGUUUAGGCAAGCUAUACAGGUUGCUAGUAAUAAUUCCUCCAUGAUGGCGUCAUGGUUCAUGCUUUGCCUUGUGCUUCCCAUGUUUGUGACGCAGACUGAGUCAGUCAAGGAUUACGAGUCAGCCUUGGGGAAAUCUAUUCUGUUCUACGACGCACAGAGGUCAGGUAAACUCCCCGCCAACAACCCCAUCCCCUGGAGAGGAGACUCUGCCCUCAACGACUGUGUGGUGGGGGGCUGGUACGACGCUGGGGACCACGUCAAGUUUGGACUCCCCAUGGCGUACACGACCACCAUUUUACUCUGGUCCAUGUACAAAUGGAAGGACAGCUAUGUCAAGGCCGGUCAGCUGAACCAGGCCUACGAUAUGGUCAAGUGGCCACUGGACUAUUUCCUCAAGGCCUGGAACCCAACAGCUCACGAGUUUGUCUUCCAGGUGGGCGACGAGACUGCUGACCACAACUUUUGGGGACGUCCAGAGGACAUGACCAUGGCGAGACCUUGUAAGAAGGUGGACGUGGCACAUCCGGGAAGUGACGUAACAGCGGGUACAGCCGCUGCCCUGGCUGUUGGGUCACUGGUGUUCAAGGACAAGGGAGAUACAGCCUACAGCACACAGCUGUUAACAGCCGCUGAGAGUUUGUACAAGUUUGCUAACGAUUAUAAGGGACUGUACCAGACCAACACCUACGGCUCUACCAGUUACAAGGACGAACUCUGUGAGGCUGGGGUUUGGCUCUACAGGGCCACGGGGAGAGCCCAGUACCUGAACGAGGCCAAGGCCAACGCUGAAUCUGGUUACAUCUGGGCCUAUCAGCUAGAAGAUAAAAGGCUGGCAUGUCACCAAUUGUUGUAUGAAGAGACCCAGGAUACCGUCCAGAGAAAUGGUGUAAUCGAUUACUUCAACAGCUGGUUGCCCGGGGGUAGCAUCCAGUACACACCCUGUGGCCUAGCCUGGGCUAUGAAGUGGGGCUCUCUCAGACUCGCCGCCAACUCCGCCUUCAUUGCGCUGUUAGCAGCAGAAGCUGGCAUUGAAACAGACCGGUACCGCACCUGGGCAGUAGAGCAGAUCAACUACAUCCUGGGCGACAACCCUCAUGACGGCGGUUGCUAUAGUUACCAGAUCGGCUACGGCAGCAAGUACCCCCUCCGACCCCACCAUCGGGCCGCCUCCUGUCCCGACAAGCCCGCGCCCUGUGGAUACACUGAAGCUAACUCCCCCGCGCCCAAUCCUCAAGUGUUAACGGGCGCACUAGUAGGUGGACCAGAGGAACAAGAUAAUUAUGUUGACGUCAGAACCGACUACGUGCUUAAUGAGGUGGCCAUAGAUUACAAUUCGGGAUUCACUGGGGCCUUGGCUGGAAUUAUUUACUUACAGAGCACAAACCACAUGCCCACCACACACAACAAAUGUCCCUGUAACAACUAAACUACAAACACAACUAAUCUUCGUGUAACAACUAGACCAUACUCAUACUAUCUUACUAUCUCACACAUUUAGUAGCUAUACACCAAUACACAAUAUUACAACACAGACAACCGACCACAAUACACUAUCUCCCUAAACACAAUCCUCCUCACUAAACAUUAACUCACUCAACACCUUGGGUUUGAGGGUCCUUUAACAUAUUGCCGGGCAUAUUGGACACAACCAGUCAACCUCUGCUCACCACACUCACAGCAUCUAUUCAAUACAACCAAACCACAUACAAAAUCCCAUACACAUCUCUACUACAACUGAUUACGGUAGAGAAAUAUAGAAAAUAAAUUUGAUCAGAAUAAAAAAAAAACAGUUGGG